GCUGUAGCUAAAAUCAGUCCAAUGCAAGAGGAGUUUCAAGAACAGCAGCACAAAAAAAUGAUUACUUAACUGAAUGGAACAAGAAGGUGCAUAUUUUCAAGGAUACGUUUUUAUUCUUAGAGUAGAAGUUUUCCUCAAGAUGACAAGUGCUUCAAACUCUCCAGGAUCUUACUUAUCCUCAAAAACAAGAAAUUCUAAAAUAGAUGACACCUACCUGAAGGAAUUGAAUGAGGACUUAAAGCUAAGGAAGCAGGAACUUCUAGAGAUAUUAAAACCUCUAGAAGAUAAGAACAGUCUAUUAUUCCAGAAGCUGAUGUCUAACUUGGAGGAAAAACAAAGAAGUCUGCAGAUCAUGAGGCGGAUCAUGGCAGGGAAGGGGAAUGAUGACUCUGCAGUCAUCAAGCUCAUUAAGGAAGCAGAAGAGAUGAAGCAGAAUCUGGAAAGGAAAAACAGGAUGCUUCGGAAGGAAAUGGAGAUGUUAUGGAACAAGACGUUCAACACAGAAGAACUCGGCGAUCAACCCAAAGCACUACAGAUAAAGAACAAAGCAGACUUGCAGGAUGGAAAGGCUUCCAAAACCCCCUCAACAUCUAGGAAGACCAAGAAUGAACUGGAGACCUUGUAUACAGAGAAAGUGAAGGAAAUAAAGAAGGAAAAGCAGCAGAAGAAAAUGGAAUGGGUCAGAUAUCAGGAACAACCCAACAUCAUUCAGAAUGAUUUCAAUGGAAAAGUGAUUGUGCUGAGAAUUGAAGCCUUGAAGAACUACCAGAAGGCCAAUGAUCUGAAGUUAUCACUGUAUAUACAGCAGAAUUUUAAGCCAAAGCAAGCAUUUUUGGAUCUUCCUGAGUCCCAAGGUACUACGGGCACUACAACCAUAGGCAGAGCAACUCCUGGCAAAAAUGAACCUAAUGUGAGAAUUCUGAGAUCAAAGAACUACACAGAACAACAAGGAGCUAAAGGAAGUCAGUUUGACGAUGGAAGAGGGAGGCUCUUUUUUCUAAGGUCAAUGCCAGAUGAAGUGCUGAAGGAUUAGUAGGCUUUCACUCCAUUUGCUUCGGACAGAUUUAAAGACUAGGUACAGUCAUUUGUGUUAAUUAAAACCUCUCAAACAUUU